AUGAUUGAAGAGUCUGUGAUUUGUGUGUUAUUUUGUGUUUCAGUCUCUUCAUCCUCCUCCUCAUCCUCACAGACUGAGAUCAGUGCAGGCCGCUCUGUGACUCUCUUCUGUCAGUUGUAUUCAGAUCCUGGAGUCUCUUGUGAUUAUUGGAUCAGUUCUGAGGGAAUUCAGCUGUUCUGGGUGAAUCAGGCUGGUGUUAAACUGACGAGAUCAGACUCCAGAUAUCAGAUAUUAUCCUCAUCACAUCACUGUAUCAUCACUCUGAAUACAACACUCCUGAAUGAAGAUCACAACAGAGAGUGGAGAUGCAAUGUUACUCAGAGAGAUCAAGUCAAGACCUCAGCCACAUACACUGUCACGAGUUCAGCUCAAGCUGAAACAGUGACAGCAGUGAUUCCAGUCCACAUCACAAACUCUCAGGAUCCCUCAAUUACAACAUCAUCAGAAACUUCUAAAGAUCAAGUCACAGUGAUUUCUGUGUCUACCGCUGCAUUCGCUGUUGUCCUUCUUGCUGUUCUCUGGCUGAUCUGGAGAAAAAGAGCUGAUAAUAAAAGAGGAACUGAUGAAUCGGUGGUCAAAGAUGAGAAUGAAGAUAAAGUGACGCAUGAGACGAUCAACAUGUCCACUCCUGCUGCUGCGAGAGUCCAUGAGCAGACAGAUGAUGUGACUUACUCUGAAGUCUCUUCUUCCAGUAAAAUGCCAGUAAAAUCGCUCAGUGAUCAUAAUGAUACAGUGACGUACGCUGCCAUCAGAUGAACAGAAAACGAGCCACAGGAUGAACUUUACAAGAACAAGAGCUUCAGAAAUAGACAUUCAUCUCUGUGUGAGCUCAUCAUAUCAGCAGCAGAUGGGACAUUUUCUCCGGAUGCUG